AUGUCAGCCUCUCGUUCAACCUCGCCGCCGCGCGCGCGGAGGGCAUUGCAAGAGCGAAGUUCCGCCCACACAAAUGAAAGAUCGCCAACCCGGACCUUACGCAUGGUAUCGGCAGACCAGGAAGAGGUGGAUAUGUACACUGCGACGCCAUUCCCGACCAAACCCGAACAGAUUCUACUGCCGCUUCCCGGCAAAGGCCAACAGCAGUACAUCUCAGACACUGGUUUCAGCUACUCAGAUCACAUUGGACCGUCAUCGUCAACAUAUUCGUCGCCCACGUUCAGCCAAGGUACUCCCACCAGCCCGAGGGACUUUUCGAUCGGAGAGGGAUGGGACAGGUCGUCCACCGUGGACGCCGGCAACUCGCCGCCGGCGAUGUGGGACGAAGACCCAAGUUCAAGCAAGUCGUCGCUGCCGGAUCUGCCAUCGGGAAAAGCGCCACAGUAUGGAUUUGAGGGCUCGGAGCCGGAAUUCUCAGACGACGACAUGGCUGUGCUGCCCACUGCUACGCCAACCAUCAAAGCAGUCCUCUCCGAAGCUUCCAUGUCGCCCAAGUCCUCCGACGAGUCAAUUGCCGCUUACUCCAGCCCGAACAUCGAACAGAUCGGAGCUCCGUCUAGUCCCAACUUCGUGAUGCUGGAUAACUCGAGUAUGCACUUCCCUCGCCCACCGACUGCAUCCUCUGAGACAGAGCCGCGAACGAAUUCGAUUUCCUCGUUCAACUCAGGGGGCACUGUUGUGAGACACUCUGGCGCUACUCCCUGGUUCCAGACAACGUUCCAGACAGUCUCAUCCGAGCGAUUGAGCUACCGUACCCCGUCUUUCCGAUCUAGCCCACCUGUUCAGUCUGUGGCCUCCUUCAGGUCAUCAUCGCGUGCUCCCUCUGGGACUCGUUCGCGCUCCGGGACAGCUUCCUCGCGCAGCCUCCGUUCCGCGUCUGACCUGCAGGCUGCCAUUGACAGCGGUGUGCCAAUCCAGUACCCCCGUAUUCGUGCGCCCUCAGCAAGCUCCCGCGCCGAUACCUCUUCAUCGGGAGAGCGCGACUUCUCACCCGGCCCAGCUUCUGGUCGCUGCAACCCUCACCUAGCAUCCGGCCGCUGGAACCCUCACUUGUCAACCGUUUCAUCCAACUGGUCCUCUGAUGAGCUGGCCAACCUGUCCGCCCAAGCUGAUUCACAGGAAGGCUCAGAGGGUUCCAUGGCAGAGGUGACGCCCCCGCCAGCCGCCGCUCUCAAGAAGGAAGACACCCGAUCCUCAGUCUGGCUCGUCGACAGCUCCAAUGACAGCGACGAUGAGCGUCUCGAUAGUCUCACCAAGCUGCCAUCCCGUCCAAACUUUGCCCAAAGCCUUUCAUCCGGUUCCAAGCGCAGCAACAGCACCCGCAGUACUCGCCCAGGCACAGGAACCAGCACAAUCUUGAACAUCCUUCCCACCUGGGCCAAGGUGUACUACCUGCACGAACCAAUGGCGUUUAACCCUGCCUUGACGAUAAUUGAUGGCAGCCGACCGCCAUCUGCCCGGGCACCUUCGACAAAAACACCUUCGACCCGAGCACCUUCAGUCCGCGCACCAUCGGUCCGCACACCGUCAAGCCGUGAUGGUACCUCCAACUCGAGCGUCUUCAGUCUCGUUCCAGGGCCCCUGAACAUCUUCCGCCCUCGUACGCCUGAACGGGUUGAGCCUGCCCAACGUCCAGUGUCACCCCCGCGUGAACAACCUCGUCUCGAGAACGACCCACGCGAUCCUCGCGCUCACUGGGUGCCCUCCCCGGAGUCCUCUGACGGCGGAUUCAGUGGCACCAACCACCGUCUCCACCACAGCUGGUCUCCACACUUGCUUCCCGACCGACGCGUCCUCCAACACGCCAAGUCAGGGUGGCGGGCGCCUUCGCUGGACUCACGCAGCGAGCCGAUGUUCGGCCGUCGCAAUGUCCAAGUGUACUCGUUCUGCAUUGGCUUCAUCUUCCCGCUCGCGUGGUGCGUCGCAGCAUUCCUGCCUCUUCCACCCGCCCCGAAGAUGUCGCCCGAGAUGGCAGAGGGUGGCUCUGAGUCUGAUGUUGAGGCUGCGCUCGAGAUGCAGUGCAUGAACCUCCAACAGCGUCGACAUGAAAAUGCUCGCUGGUGGAGGAACCUCAACCGAUGGAUGAUCUCACUUGGUGUGGUCAUCAUCGUCAUCAUUGUUACGCUUGCUGUUAUUGGUACUACGACAGGGUUCUAG